UCAUCAUCAGAUUGGUUUCCAAUUUUCCCAAGGCAGCAACAAUACACCUGCAGCCCAAACCCUGAUCCUCGUGCCCUCUUGUUUUGGUGCAAGAUUGAAACCUGUCCUCCGUAGACUUACCAGUUGGGCCUCUGCAACCAAGCCCAUUGUUACGCAAAGCCCUCCCAACAGCAAUGACGUACGAAGCACAGAUAUCUUUUACCUUGGACACCAUUUGCCCGUGGUGAGACAUGCAUCCUGUCAACCGUCAUCCUGGAAAAUCUACCGCCCGUCUGCCAAUCCACCAAUGCAAUGGAGGGGGGGUGGUGUGUGUUCGUCUUGGUCAAAACCGGGCUGAUUGAUCAUGUGUGUCUCACAGGACGUAUCUGGCCAAGCGACGGUAUACAGUCUUUUCUUUCUUCUUAGUUCUUCCCAUGGCCAUUUUUGCCCGGCUCCCCCAUGUAACGACCAGGAGAGAGGGAGUUGGCGUGACUGACUCGCACCAUGUAAUGUGAGUUGGCAGGCUUGACGAAGCCCUCCGUCGAUUCCGGCAGAGUGACGAUGCAAAGGACGUGACUUUUGUCGUAAAGUACUUUCCCUACCAGCUGAAUCCCGACGCCACCGCGGAAGGGGAGAACAAGUAUGACUGGUACAAGAAGUCCCGCUAUGGCGACUCCGAGGAGAAGAUGAAGAUGGUAUCUGCAGUCUCCCCCUGGGGUACUCAAACGUCCCCCCCCCCGAAAGCUGAUCCAUAUCACCUGUUAGUACAUGACCUUGAUGACCGCGUAUGGCGUCUCGGCCGGCAUCAACUUCAAGUUCGGCGGCACCGUCGCCAACACCAUGGACGCGCAUCGCGUGAUCCAGCACUUCCAGGAAGAAAAGGGCCCCGAAACGGCCGACAAAAUCAUCAACUCGCUCUACUCCCAGUACUUCGAGAACGAGAGACACCCGUCGUCGGACGAGACAUUGCUCCAGGCCACCGCCGCCGCCGGCAUUCCCGAAUCCGAAGCGCGUCCGUUCAUCCAGGACAAGAGCGACGGCAUGAUGGAUGUCAAGAACAUGGUUCGCCAGCAGGCAGGCAACGGGGUGGAUUCCGUCCCGACCAUCAUGAUCGAGGGAAAGCGCAGGGACAUCACCCUCGUGGGCGCCAAGGAGGUCGAGGAGUACGAGAAGGCGCUGAAGCAGAUUGUCAAGGAGAGCAAGUAGGCUUUGGGAGAUGGAGAGAAGCCAGGUGUCUCAAAACGGAGUUGAAGACCAAAGCGACAACACAAAAAAAGAUGAUGAAUGAUGGCAAAAAAAGUUAUCAAGGACGUUGAAUCAAUCCUCGCGGUGCCGUUAUUGGAAUGUGUGUGUCUGUCAUCCAUUGUCCUUCGAAUACCUCGUACGCAUCCACCCACUGAUGUCUC